CCGACCCGUCGGUUUGCAGAGGCGCAAGAGAGGAAAACAAGUGCGACGGAAAUUGACAUUGCCUUAUGGUUUAUUACUUACCUCUCUGAGUUGGUGUUGUUUUCAAUUCUGAUGACCACCUGUGGAGGCAUCGUUGUGCACUUUGCCUUAUCCCCGUACUUUCUAACGUUUCCGGCAUCGUUGUCGGCAUUCGCUGGUGAACUGACACUUACACGACUUCUGGCUUAUUGGUUAGUAGGGAGCUUCUGUUCCAUGAUUUUGCUGCAUGUGGAGACAGCCAUCAUCGUCCCCCUCUUUGCUCCGGGCGUUGAGUUAUAUUUUGUUCGUAGUGUGGACCUUAACCUGGAGGAUGAUACAGCCUACUGGAAAUUUGUCUUGGCCCAGGUCUUUGAUACUGACCCGCUUGGUGUCUCUCUUGAUUUUAUCCGCUUUUGUUGCAUUGAAAUGACACUCUUGUACGUCUUUUUGGCGACUCCAAUUUACGUCAUGUUUGCCGCACAUGAUGUGAUGAUAAAGGAUGGAGCAAAUAGUACCCUCACGUCGCCGCUCGCCCCUGGAUUUCCCGUGAUCAUGGUGACACCAGCAGUCGAUGGAAUUAGUGCGUGGUUAGAAUCCUAUCUUGUCCCGGAAAAGAGUCGGUUGUUGGAAAGUUAUUAUCAGUUCUUCUUUUCUCUCAUAGAGUUGCUGGGAAGUUGUUUUGCGCGUUUCUCGCUGGGUGUGAUACUGUGGUUCACGAGGAACCCUUACUGGUUGAAGUGUGUGGCAAACACAUUAAUUGUUUUUGGCACAGGGACGGCUAUAGUCUGUGUGAGGUUAUUCCCUAUCAAACACAUGCAGUUGAAGGUUCUCCGGCAUGUUGUAAUGUUUAUCGGGCGUCAUGUUGUUCACUUGGAGGAUUAUCUCUUCGACAAGGAGCGUCUCUCUCUUCUUGAUAGCUGGUUGCGUGGCGAUGGUCAGUCCGAUAUCCCUUUGCCGGAGGCGCGUCUGCCGUCGGUAUUCAGGCGUCGGGAGUGGGCCUUGCCGCCGGGAACCGCGCACCCGAAGUAUCUGAAGUUGCGUGUUGCUAUUUUCUCGUUUUUGUUUUUUGUCACCUCUAGCGCGCUGUUUUGGAUAAUCCCCAUGGCAGUGAUGACGCCACUCCUAACGGUCUUGCCGUACUCGGUGCCGCUCUUAUGUCUCUCUGCGAAUAUUAUUUUCUUUGUAUUUAACCCAAAGAUGUAUUUUACCGCGGCCGCCGAGUUCAUGCUACUGUGCAUCAUCUUUGUUAUUGGUGUUCUUCUGCAGCCGCUGUUUUUUUGUGCCUCGCUGAGGAAUAUCUCGAGGCUGCAGCUCAUUCAGGAAACAAUGGAGUACUACCACAAGCUGAGGCGUACUGUGGGAGUAUACAACGGGGAGGCAAUGGAAGCCGCGUAG